AUGCACUGCUUGUUAAAGAACGUGAGGUUGCUUAGACGGCAAUUGAAGAAGCUGCAAUUGUUAAAGAAACCCAAGUUCCUGUUGAGGAUACUGCCAAGAUCGAGGCUCUUACAGCCGAAAUGGAGAAAAGCCCCAAACGUCAAUAACUUAAAGGAUCCUAAGUAUGGGGUGGGUAAAGUUAAAGGAUACGACAUAAUAAGGAACAAUCGUGGGGGCAAAGAUCCUAAGGUCAUGUACAAGUAUACUCAUUUUAUCAAGUCUGUUUCGAUUCCGAAAGAUAAAGUGAAUAAAUACCAAGGCGAGCAGUUCACGCAGCUGAAAUCUGCAAAUUGCUGCAGAUUUCAUGGGUUCAGAAGCAUAGUUCCUGAAUAUUCAUUAUUGCAAGAAGAAUAA